GAAGCUGCAAAGGAAGGACUGAGGGGUAGAAAGAGCUUUGGAGAAAGCCUGAACUGUGCAGUAUAGAGAGGGCUGAACAAUAAUCCAGGGCUGACAACAGGCAGAGAAAGCGGCAAGGCAGCAAGAGCUGCGGCAAAAGCGAACACAAUUAGAACUGCAUCUGUAAGUUUGGUGGAAAUACGUGGGACGGGGAGAGGCGGAUUUUAUAAAAGCGAAAUAAAAAUAGAAGCAGAACGACAGAGCAAUGAUGAGUCUGGAACACGGUGCUGAUGGGGAAAGGGGAGAAGUUUAUUAGCGAUUUAGAGACACGGGCACCGACUGCAGCCUCGGAUGCCCAUGCAGGAGAGGGUCAGAGCCAGCGUGAGAAUGGGCAAGACACCGAAAGGCGUUUAAACACGAUCCGCCAGACAUCUAUCAGAGCAAAAUAAACCAGGCAAAUGGGAGUGCAGCAGAAAAGGAAUCGCUGCUGAUUGAGGCGGAAUCAAAAAUAGAAGGUGCACAGUAGAGGAAAAGAGGCGACCAAAAUGACUUGAAUAACAGUGGGUUUCGUACGUGACAUAAACUGCUUAAACCACGUUAUUUUAAAGCUGCAGGGAAAAUUCCCCGGGUGGAAUUAGACAGGGAGGAAAAGUCCCAAAAUCAACCGAGAGAAUCUAAAUGAAGAAAGUGCGCGUGGAAGCACCGAAUUAAUCCAAAUGAACUCGCUGGAAUAGAGAAUACAGCCGCAUAGACCACGUUAGAAAAGACUGAGUCCAGGAGGGAACCCAAGUAAGAUGUGAUUCUCCUGGAUGGAACUGAGUUAUCGCAAGACAGCAAGCAGGGAGGGAGUCACCUGCAGCCGCCCCCUCAGAGCUUUAGCUGGUGGUUACGAGCAGAUCAGCCUGGAACCCGGCAUCGUGAGGAUAAUUCGGAUCUGGCGAGAUGGAGCGUCUUGCUCAGUGAUCUCAGCUCGGAGGUUUGGGUCCUGAGCCCAGAGGUGAAGGAAGUUCUGCUGGAGCCGUGCUGGGUCGGUGCGGGGGUCAGCAGGAAGUACAGAGCUUCUCGUCAUUAAAGUCAGCGUCUGUGCUGCCCCUCACAUUCAGAUCAGCCUCCCCACCUUGGACGAUGGAUCCUCCUCCCUGCUCCAAGAAGAGCCUUUCGCUGUCCCUUCCUGUCCCUAGAGAGGGGCAGAACACCCUCAAACCCCCUCAACACCUUUGGAGGCAGCCCCGAACUCCCAUUAAAAUCAAACAGCGUGGCUACUCGGAUACAGACCGACAUGUACAUCGGCAGAUGGAACGGUCCAACGCCGUGGAUACAGGUGACAGACCCGGGCUGAAUAAAUCCCGCAUGUCCUGGCCGUCCUCCUUUCAAGGAACUCCCAGACGUUUUGACGUUGAGAAUGGUCCAUCUCCAGGUCGGAGUCCACUGGACUGGCAGGCGAGUCCCGGACUGGUGCUACAUCCAACCUUCCCCCAGAGCCAGCGCCGGGAGUCCUUUCUUUAUCGGUCUGACAGUGACUAUGACAUGUCACCCAAAACAAUGUCACGCAAUUCCUCCGUAACAAGUGAAGUACAUACUGAGGACCUCAUUGUCACUCCUUUUGCUCAGAUCCUGGCGAGUUUGCGCAGUGUGAGAAACAACUUCACUGUUCUGGCCAACACUCAAGGACCCCCUAAUAAGAGGUCACCAGCAGGACCACAGCCUGCCCUGUGCACCCUCUCAGAUGAAACUUACCAGCAAUUGGCGAAGGAAACCCUGGAGGAAUUGGACUGGUGUCUGGACCAGCUGGAGACAAUCCAGACCUACCGCUCAGUCAGUGAGAUGGCUUCAAACAAGGUAAGAGAGUGUGAGCAGGCCAGCGUUCAUUCAUUGAGAAGACAAUUUGCAUUUUACGAGACUUUGCAUUUGAUCAGUGUAGAAACUCUGGCGAUCGCCUGGCUCUGGGACAGGCCAGAAGGGGGAAGUGACGUGGAAACUCAGGAGUUAGGAGCAGGGUCGUGA